AUGAGAAACAGUGACUACAAGGAACUGUGUGAAAAAUAUAGCCGAUUGUUCAAUGGACUAGGAAAACUUAAAGAUGUUGAAGUUAAAUUCCACGUCGACGAAUCAGUUGUUCCGUCAACACAGCCGCCAAGGCGUGUUCCAUUCCACGUCAGAGAAAAGGUCGAGAAAGAGCUCCAACGCCUUGAAGACCUUGACGUCAUAGAAAAGGACGACGGUCCGACUCCUUGGGUAUCAAACCUGGUAAUCACUAGCAAGCCUCACGCUCCUGAAGAAAUCCGAAUGUGUGUCGAUAUGAGACAUGCUAACAAGGCUAUCAAACGUGAACGUCACGUGACACCAACGAUUGACGACAUUUUAAUGGCUCUCAACGGCUCAACCGUUUUCUGUCGCGUAGAUCUGGUAGAAGGUUUUCACCAGAUACAGUUAUCACAAGAAUCACGCAAUAUGACAACAUUCGCUACUCAUGUUGGUCUACGUCGUUAUAAACGUCUGAAUUUCGGUGUUAACACAGCUCCGGAAAUAUUUCAAAACGGAAUACGCCAAACUCUUAGUGGAUUAAAAGGUGUCAUGAAUAUCAGUGAUGACAUAAUCAUUCAUGGUAAAACGCGGAAGGAAUAUGACAGAAAUUAA